UUUAAAAUAGAGGCGUGGUUGUCUGACUGCAUGUCAGUGUUUGACCUGAAGGAUAUUCAAAACACAUAUUCACCCAGAAACCAUGUGAGGGUCUUAAUUUGAAAAUAACGACAGGAAGCGCUGCAUGAGCGUCCAACUUGACGCCGAUCAGAGGGCGAGAGAGCAGUUAACAUCCUCUCGAGAAGCCGCAAAACAACUGAGGCCUGGGUUCGUCAGCUACAGCCAAGCAUGGCUCUGCUGUAGUGAGGACAGGCGGCCGUGGAAGCCAUCGAUGCCGCCGCCGCCGCCGCCGCCGUCGUCGUCCCGCCGUGCCUUCGUGAGUCCUGACCGGCCGAGAGCCACCAUGGCCUCAGCGCUCCCCCGCUGCACAUCUGUCAGACUCCCCGCUCUGGCCGCUGCGCUCCUGCUCCUGAUGUCGGUAACCGCAGUCCAGUCAUCGCAAGGCGACAAGGAGCCGGUGUACCGAGACUGCUUGAAGAUAUGCGUCCGGAACAACUGCACGGGAGCCCGGCUCCGAGGCUUCCAGUCCGCCCAGCCGCAGUACAUGGCGCUGACAGGUUGGACCUGUCGGGACGACUGUCGCUACGAGUGCAUGUGGACGACCGUGGGCCUCUACCAGGCCGAGGGCUACACCGUCCCACAGUUCCACGGCAAGUGGCCAUUUGUGCGCUUCCUGUGUUUCGAGGAGCCAGCCUCGGCCCUGGCCUCGUUGCUAAACGGCCUGGCCUGCCUUCUCAUGCUGCUGCGCUAUCGAAGCACGGUGCCACGCCAGAGCCCCAUGUACCACACCAUCAACGCCUUCUCUCUGGUGUCUCUAAAUGCCUGGUUCUGGUCCACAGUGUUUCACACCCGGGACACCUAUCUCACCGAGAAAAUGGACUACUUCUGCGCGACAGCAGUCAUUCUGUACUCGAUCUACCUGUGCUGUGUCAGAACACUGGGUCUGAGGCGACCCGGGGUGUCCAGCAUGGUGGGAGUUCUGCUCAUCUUGGCCUUUACUUCGCAUGUGUCCUAUUUGACCUUUGUCAGUUUCGACUACGGCUACAACAUGACCGCCAACGCAACCAUCGGUAUGGUAAACCUCCUGUGGUGGCUGUGUUGGUGCUGGCAGAACCGGCGGACCCUUCCAUACUGGUGGAAGUGUGGACUGGUGGUGCUGCUGCUGCAUGGUCUGGCCCUGCUGGAGCUGCUGGACUUCCCGCCGCUGCUCUGGAUCUUGGAUGCUCAUGCUGUGUGGCACCUCAGCACUAUCCCAGUUCACUUCCUUUUCUACAGUUUCCUGAUCGAUGACAGCCUCUACUUGCUAAACACAGAGAAGAUGGGUGUCAAAGUUGAGUAGGAGGAGCUUGUCACCUCUUCACCAGGCCUGUGCCCUCGCACUCCUCCAAUCAGGGCAGCCGAACACGGACGUGGCCCAGCCUCCAGGAUGACAUGCAUGACACCACCAUGACAUCUGUCAAAAAAGAAUUUGUUUACGUUCUUCUAGCUUUUUUUCAUGUAUUUAUUAAUUUCUUUUCUUUUAAAAUGAGAUUGAAACAUACUUAAUUAACUUUGCCUUGUACCAACAUGUGCACUUCCAUUCGUUAGCCGUUCAUCAUGACUCCGGAACAGGCUGAGUUAACAUUUUUAUGUCCAGCCACAGCAGAUCCGCGGUGUGAUGCUUCCAGCUGAUAAUGGCUGGGGCUCACACCCUUUAUCUCUCGUCGACCUGGUACGAAUGAAACCGAUUCCCUGCCCUCUUGAUAAUUUGACCCCACUCAUCCACACACCACCGGCCUCUUGGACGUCCAACAUGCUUAGCUUUGCACACACAGCAUCUGGCUGAGACUGACUAUAGAUGGCACCAAAUCCUGCUCCUCGCCGUUGUUCACUUGCUCUGCGCGGUACAGAAUGUAUGUACCAAAGCCAACCGUGGACUAGUGCACGCAGAGAGAAGCCCCCUGUGAAGGGGUGGGGGGCCGCCAGCAGACUGUUCUAGAGCGAGAGGGAAGGGGGUUUAUGUUUGGAGGCCAUUCUUGCUGACUGCAUUUGUUUUUUCACCACCAUACCUUUUAUUUCUGUGCCUUUGUUGUUCUCAUUGCUGCUGUUGUUUCUUAUAUUCUUUUUCAUCAUUUGUAUUUCAUUAGAGCUGUUUUGUAGUUGUUCAUUUAUUCUGUUGAUUACUUGAUUUUGAAUUUGGAUGUUCCUGAAAUUCAUACACUGGAAAUAUUUA